UGUUUUGAAUUUCACUUCUCUUCGAAGUUGCUUUCUGUUUUGGGCACCACGUGCUCUGGAGACAUAUUCACAGUCGCAUUGUGUGAAACUAAUUUCCCUUCACCAGGUGACUUAGCAGCUUCUGUGUUCCUAGGAACUUUCCCGCAGACUAAGACUCGGCUCAGGUGUCUUUGGACAUGCAAACUUCCUGCCCGUCUCUCUGGAGGCUUUGAGGGUUUUUCUUUACAUUUGGUGUUGGAAAUGGCACCAGCUUGUCUAGAUGUGCACCAUUCGCCAUUCAAUUUGUCCCAUAUUUGAUAAAAUUUCAAAUCUGAAGACCCUUGUUUUCAUUCCGUCCUGGAAAGUUUUCUCCUGCUUCUCCCCUUUGCUCUCUCUUUCUGGAAAAUCUUAUUUGAUGAAUAUCAGAUAUUCUGGAAGAAUCACUUUCUCUUGCGAUUGCUUCUGCAUAUUGCGUCUCUGCCAUUCCGUGCUGUGUGUGACGGUCUCUUCCCGUUAACUCCUCGCUGCGGCGGCUCAAGCCUGCCCUUCAGCCCUUCUCUGCGUGCAGUGCUUCUCAGCUCACGAGCAGCACUCAUCAGAGGGGCCCCAGCUCUGCCCUGACCCUCGGUGCCCUGUUGCCCAGCCAUAGAGACUGGGAAUUCAGGUCCCCUCACCUGCAACGUGACAGCGAGUGCAGAACUUGAAAGACAGGUUGCGUGCUGAGGAUACGUCUUCCCUGAAACGUCUGCUUAGAGGACCAGCCUCGGAACAGGGAAUCGACACAGGCCACAACCCUAACUGCGUAUUUUACAGGCUUGGCAAACACUGUUGUGUAAACAAACUAGAACUAAUGAGGACUUCCAGAACCCAGCUCCAAACUCCAACAAGGAAAGGGAAGACUCGUGGAGCCCCCAGCUAAAACAACACACGCCCUGGCCAGAUAUAAAAGCCCAGCUGCCCACAACACCUCAGACACUCACACACACUCCUCACUCACUCACUCACUCCCCCCCCCAGCUCAACCAUGUCUGUCUGCUCCAGCGACCUGAGCUACAGCAGCCGCGUCUGCCUUCCUGGUUCCUGUGACUCUUGCACUGAUUCCUCCUGGCAGGUGGACGACUGCCCAGAGAGCUGCUGCGAGCCCCCCUGCUGUGCCCCCAGCUGCUGCGCCCCAGCCCCCUGCGUGACCCUGGUCUGCACCCCAGCCAGCUGUGUGUCCAGCCCCUGCUGCCAGGCAGCCUGUGAGCCAAUCCCCUGCCAAUCAGGCUGCACCAGCUCCUGCACGCCCUUGUGCUGCCAGCAGUCUAGCUGCCAGCCGGCUUGCUGCACCUUCUCCCCCUGCCAGCAGGCCUGCUGUGUGCCUGUCCGCUGCAAGUCUGUCUGCUGUGUGCCCACCUGCUGCAAGCCUGUGUGCUGCAUGCCCACCUGCUCUGAGGGCUCCUCUUCAUGCUGCCAGCAGUCUGACUGCCAGCCGGCUUGCUGUACCUCCUCCCCCUGCCAGCAGGCCUGCUGUGUGCCCGUCUGCUGCAAGCCUGUCUGCUGCAAGUCUGUGUGCUGUGUGCCCACCUGCUCUGAGGAUUCCUCUUCAUGCUGCCAGCAGUCUAGCUGCCAGCUGGCUUGCUGCACCUCUUCCCCCUGCCAGCAGGCCUGCUGUGUGCCCGUCUGCUGCAAGCCUGUGUGCUGUGUGCCCAAAUGCUCUGGGGCUUCUACUUCAUGUUGCCAGCAGUCUAGCUGCCAGCCGGCUUGCUGCACCACCUCCUGCUGCAGACCCUCCUCCUCCGUGUCCCUCCUCUGCCGCCCCGUGUGCAGGCCUGCCUGCUGCGUGCCCGUCCCCUCCUGCUGUGCCCCCACCUCCUCCUGCCAGCCCAGCUGCUGCCGUCCAGCCUCCUGCGUGUCCCUCCUCUGCCGCCCUGCGUGCUCCCGCCCAGUCUGCUGAGGCUUCUGCUCAGCCCAGGAGUCCAGCUGCUGCCGGGCACUUCCCCCAGGGCCAGCCGGGCUCAGGUCUUGAUCUGGCUUAGGUGGCUGCCCCCAGCUGGGGACAGGGUUUUCCAUGUCUCCACUGUGCUGGGGUGACCACUCUCCUUGCUCCCAGGAGCCCCCAUCGUCACUGCUCCCCAGCGCCUGCCUCCCAGCAUGUGCCCACCUGCCCCCGUCGUCCUCCCUCCCAGCUUCUCUGCCCCAGGUCAUUUGGCCUCAACUUGAGCCUGUCAGCACCUCCUCCUGCUCCCCAAUAAACUCUCC